AUGGCUGAGGUAGUGGGGCUCCUCGUCAGUAUUGGUAACCUUGUCGAGAUUGCGGGACAAAUCACCAAACUCAGCUACAGCUACGUAUCAGACAUCAAGUCUGCCCCCAAAACACAAAAGCUGUAUCUCCAAGAGGUGUCAGCGCUCACAGAUGUCCUUUUUCGGGUAGAAAAGGCCAUCCGAGAGGCAGAAACCACCGGUUUAAAACUGCCCUCGUUACCAUCUUCGCUCAAUGAUGAAGCCCUUCAAGAGUGUCGUCGCCAAUUGUCGGUCCUUCAUCUCGAUCUCGACAAGCGACUGCGCCGCCUCUUAUGGCCAUUUCAGGAAAAUGAGGUCAAAAAAUACAUUGAUCUUUUGCAUCGCUACAAAACUCUCUUUGUUGAUUUUCUUUCAAUAAAUAUGAUGUCCGUUGCCAGUGCUACCUACAAAAAGAUUACAGCGAUCGACCAAGAGCAAAUCCGGCAGUAUCUCUACUCGCUUUUCCCGGCGUCUGAUAACCUUUUGCGCACCAGACCAGAUGCUUGUCCUGGAACUGGCAAAUGGUUUUCGAACUCACAAGAUGUGGAGAGCUGGCGUAUUGGAACCCCAUCGCUGCUCUGGUGCUACGGAGCCCCUAGAUCAAUCACGAUUGGCCACCUAUGGGAUGCGAGAUUAGAGACUACAAGUUCCGUGGUAUAUAUAUUCUGUCAGUUCUCAUCUCGGGAGCAACAAACCCUGACAGCAAUUUUGCAAUGCAUGAUCCGACAAGUAAUCGAGCAAGCAGAUGCAAAGGUGCUUGUCACAAUGAAACAUCUCUUCGCGGAUCCUAUGAAGCAGCGUGAACCUGCAGGACUCGCUGAAGCAUUCGCAGCGGCAUGUGAGCUGAAGUCGACCUAUCUUCUAGUUGACGGCCCAGAUGAGGUGACCGGAGCAGAUGGAUUGCUCCCUUAUCUGUCUUCCUUUGUCGAAAAUGGGUGCAAGGUCAUGGUCACGAGCCGAGAUAUUAGCCAUAUUAGGAAGGCCAUGGAUUCAGCAACCAAGAUGGAGAUAUGUUCACGAUCUGAAGAUUUGGAGAUAUAUAUCGACUCCCGCUUUCAAAAAAACGAACUUCCCCGAGGGGCACAAAAGUUGAUCGGAAAGAUCACCGAAAAGUCGGGAAAUAUGUUUCUACAUACCAAGCUUAUUCUGGAUGAGCUCUUGGAUCUUACCACUGUUCGCCAUAUGCAAAAGGCUCUCGAAAAACAGUCGACGGGGCUGAAUCAAGUGUAUCAAUCAACAUUAGAGCGAAUCGACAUGCAGCCAAGGGCAAGGAGGGAACUUGCUCGGCGAUUUAUCGGAUGGGUUGUCUUUGCGAAGAGACGCCUGAAAAUCGAUGAAGUAAUUCAUGCCUUCGCCGUCGAAGAAGAUGAGGAUUAUAUUGAAGAAGAUAACUUCGUCAACCCUGACCUUCUUCUUCGAUCGUGUGUUGGUCUGGUGGUGCUACACGACGACAUGACUGUUGCAAUGGUCCAUGCGACUGCUUACGAAUUUUUCGCGUCUACAGUGUUAUUACCGCAUGACAUGGAGGCCGACAUCACAGAGACAUGUCUACGGUACAUGUGUCUCAGUCCGUUCAAGGAAGGGCCAUGCACAAGUCGCGUGGAGAUGUCUCGCCGCUUCCAUGAAAUGCUGUUUCUAGACUAUGCCUCACGAAACUGGGCAAGACAUCUCAAAGAGAUCGAAAAUGUGGACGAAGAUCUAAAGUCACUUGUUCAAUUUUUCAUUCGCAACGACAGCCUCCUGAAUGCCGCCGUUCAAGCAUUACAUUUCCGCAUUGAGCUCGAAGAUGAUCUCCUAGAGUCUCUUUUCGAUUCAAUCCCUCAAAAUCAAACGGCAUUGCAUGUCGCAGCUUAUUGGAAUCUUACGAGAACCCUCAGGACAUUGAUUGACUCGGGUCUCAGUAUAUCUCCAGCAGAUACUCAUGGCUGGACACCUCUCCACUACUCUUGUGCAAACCGGCAUUUUUCCUCGGCCGAAAUUCUCGUGAGAAGUGGAGCGGAUGUCGAUGCCGCAGACCAUCAAGGGUGGACCCCUCUUUUCUGGGCAUCAUUCACUGGUAGUCUGGAAAUUGUUCGUCUUCUUCUAUCAGAGCACGCAAACUACAGGAAACGUAGCAUAUACGGUUGGACAGCACUGCACUGGGCUUUGUCCCGCGGCGAAACCGAGGUCGUUUUGGAGCUUGUGCGGCAUCAUCAGACGCAAUUGUCGCUUGUUACCAAGGCUGAUAUUCGGACCCUCAGCGUCGAUGAUGUGAGACGGUUUAACACACCGGAGAACACUUCACCACUACAAAUAGCAGCUGAGGGCAAGAAUGAUUUGAUAUUCGACUUCCUUGUAGCUCACUCUAGAGCACCGGAUUCUACCGAACAGACCGAUUUCGAAGAGAUUUGGUCCAGAGAAAGCUUCAAAGUCCCUGUUUCUCAGAGCACGUGGCAAAACUCAAUCAAGGCACAAAUAUACGGGGACCCAAUGCCCGCGCCAGAGUCGAUUUCCGGACAGACUUAUGUAAGGGAGAAUCCGUACGUGCACUUCUGUCAUGAAUUGAGAAAGAAAGAUUCAUCAGCAUGGAAGUCAAUUCUACUUGGCUCUGCCAUCCACGAUGCAGAUUUCCAGGCAGCGAAGCUGUUCCUCGAACUUGGUGCAGAUGUAAAUUACAUUUCUGAAAACGGAUCGCUGUUGAGCGUCGCCGCGCAGCAGAGAGACCCACGUUCUGUGCAAUUUCUGCUGGAAAAGGGUGCCAAAGGACCACAGACUGAAACGGAAGAGUCCAUACUGAGCAUUGCUAUAUCCUGCGGCAACUUGGAAACAGUGAAAUUCAUUCUCGACAAUGACAUUGUUCAGGUGAAUGAUUCGUAUGGGCGUACAACACCUUUGCACGCAGCCGCGGGGCAACAAGAUCCCCAAUUCGCAUUGCUUUUGUUAUCUCAAGGGGCACAGGUUGAGCUUCAAGAUUCCUAUAACCGGACUGCCCUGGGAGUCGCAGUGACGAACGGACUCGUCGAGGCAGCACAAGCCCUGAUUGAUGGCGGUGCAGAUGUCAACCAAUUGUCACAGAUUGCGUACACAGAUGAAUGGCAAACCUGCCUAAUGAGCGCCGUUUUGCUUGCCGGUGGGAACAAUGAAGAGCCGGAAAAGAGAGCCUCGGGAAUUGAAAUGGUUCGCAUGUUGCUUUCAAAGGGGGCUGAUCUCGGCUUCCAAGAUGAAGAAGGCAAGACUGCGUUGCACAUAGCAGCAGCGUGUCGCAGUGUGGAAUGCAUUAAACUUUUGAUGGCGGCUGGUUCUAGCAUUGAGACUGUCGACAAGAGUGGUAGGACUCCAAUUCAUUUCAUGAUGGAAUCCGUGGAGCCGAGCUGGGAUGUGGAAGAGGUGGAAGAACUUCUUCGCCUGCUACUUCGAGGGUUAUCAGAAGACGCCGUCAUUGCGUUAUUGGCCCAACAAACUUGUCGAUACACUAGUUCCAAGUCGCAGGGCGACACAACCAUUUACCUAGACACGCCAUUGACCAGUGUAUUGAGGCGACAAUACUGGAGUAUAGCUCGUCUAUUGAUGGCCUUUGGAGCGCAGCCCCCCGCCGGCGCUAGCUUUCGGUCUAUUUUGAUGGAUGCGAUCAGUGCCCUUGAAUGUCAUAUUGUGGAGACUCUUAUAGGGAAUGGGGUGUCACCAGGUGAUGACGCUGUUUUGGCAUUGGUAAAGGGUGUCGUUGACCGACUUAAAGGCGAACCUUCCUCUCUACUUUCUUCGCCUAGAAGGACAAAGAUCACCAAAGCUGCAAUUAUGCGUAUGCUUGCAAAGGCAAGGCUUCCAAAUCUUCCUAAGCUUCCAGAACUUUCGCACAAGGAGAUUGCGCAGGUCUCCCAGCAGAUUCUGACUAGUUUGGCGUUGGCGGGCGCAGACAUGAACUUUUGUGACCCAGAAGAAAACACAACUCCUCUUCUUCUCGCAGUCGAGAAGGUUCCGCUUGCUCUGGCUACGGCCAAUCUAUUGGAGUUUGGUGCUGAUUGCUUCCAUUCUUUGGAGAAUGGAUUUGAUUAUAUUUUAAUGGCUGCGGUAGUCAACAACACAGAGGCACUGCGUUGCCUAAUAGCGCAUGCCUCAACCUCGCCAAAGCCGGGGCAUUGGACCCAACAUUUGGAGUAUCAGGGAGAAUUAAGCGACAAAGAAAUCUUCAACUGCAUAUGCCUGGCGUUAAAACGCGCCGAGAAGCUAGACUGCAAGUACUCAUAUGGCCAAACAUUGUUGCACCUCGCUGCAGAAAAAGGAAACAUCGAUUUGGUCCUCAGUUUGAUUUGCCAUGGUGCUCAUGCAGAUAUACCGGAUGAAGAUGGCUUCUUUCCCAUCCAUUGUGCUGCAUUUUCACCACAUGAUUCGGCCCAUGAUGAUGAGCAGCGCCGGCAGCCUCGUCAUGAUAUAGUACAGCAUCUUCUUCCAAUGAAUAUGACGAAACUUACUUUCGAUCAUCAUUUCUACCGCUCUAUUGAAGGUAGAGCCUCCCAAGGUACAGAAAUCUGUCAGCAGGUAUCAAGCAGAGAGAAUGAAUUCGGAAGCACGAUACUUUGGCGAGCUUUAGAAGACUGCGACGAGAUCAUGUGUCUGCAUCUUCUCGAACUUGAGAACGAUUUCAACUCUUGUGCCACACUUUCUCCAAACCACCCGUCAGUCCUUUACCAUGCAUCUGUCCGUGGGUUGACAAAAGUAGUGUCUUUCUUACUGGAAAGCAAUGUUGAUAUUGAAAAGGCUGAUAUCUGUGGAUGGCGUCCACUGCAUGGCGCAUCACACCAUGGUCAAAUCGCAAUGGCCGAGAGACUAAUUACUGCCGGAGCUACCGUCUGCGCUUCCACGACACAGUUCCACGAGGAUUCCUUCACGGGCUCUGAGCAUGACGGGGAGUUAUGGAAUGGUCAUCCUCUUCAUUUGGCCGCAAUGGAGGGUAAUGUCGACAUGGUUGAGCUUCUUUUGAAGCAUGGUGCAGAUGUGGCUGCAAACACAGGAUGCUUUAAAAGCCUCGAUGGAAGCAUACGGGGACCGACUGCAAUUCAUAUAGCACUAAGUCCACAGAGAUGGCAUUUAGAAGACGAGGAAGACCGUCAUGAUGACUAUCUGAAGAUUGCUAGACUGCUGAUUGAAAAGGGGGCUACUGUCGAUGGUGUCUUGGAUCAAUUGCGGGUGAACGAUAUUCCAAAGUUCGAGGGGUAUGAAGAUGUCUGGGAUAAGAUUCGAGGCUAUAUAUAA